AUGGUUGCAAUGAUGGAGUGGAGAAUGCAUGAAAAAGAAUGGAGGAAAGGGCCUUGGACACCUGCGGAAGAUGACUUUCUUAUUGAGUAUGUUAGAAUGCAUGGAGAAGGAAGAUGGAGUUCUGUAGCUGAUUGCUCAGGUUUGAAAAGGAGUGGGAAGAGUUGUAGGUUAAGAUGGGUGAAUUACCUAAGGCCUGGUCUUAAGAAAGGUCAAUUAACACCCCAAGAAGAAGGCAUCAUUAUUGAACUUCAUGCGUUAUGGGGAAACAAGUGGUCUACCAUAGCUAGAUACUUGCCAGGAAGAACAGAUAACGAGAUAAAGAACUACUGGAGAACUAAUUUCAAGAAGAAAGGAACCCCAUCACAAAAUCAAGAAAAGCAAAAACAUAAAGUUUCAUUUAGGCGUGAUCAACAUCAUCAUCAACAACAACAAAUUAUGAAUAAUAAUUAUGUGUUACCUCAGGUAGAAGAGAGUAACCAAAGGAUGAUCUUUGAAUCACCAGAAACCAAGAUGGAAGAUACUACUGUUAGUGAGCAACAUUAUAACCGGUCUGUGAUGGGUCAAGAUGUUGCAUCUUGGUGGGACACUGUCUCUGAGGAUGGUUUAUGGAGUGUGUUUUUGUGGAAUCUGGAUAACGACCAAUAUCCAAAUGAAUCUGUGAUUGAACAAUCAUUUAGCUCUAAUUUUUGA